CAGUGCUGCGAAGACGUUGGCUUAGGAAGGAAACGCACAAAUUGCUGCUGAUAUGCGAUCGUUGCUCCUGACCGCCUUCGUUGUGGCUUUCCUGCUGCACACUUUUGCUUUCAAAUUUUCCUGGGCCCACAUUUUCAGCAAAAAAAAGGUGAUCAUAAAAUAUUUGCGCUAUGACAAUUGUGGAGGCACCUUUGACCCAGUACGGUUUUCUGACGUGCAAGUCUCAACAACUGGAGAUGGUGACCUAGUCGUCUCAGGGAAAUUUGACGCCUACACCAAACUUGAGCCUCCCAUUAAGGCAAUAGUUAAGAUGAAAAGGAGAAUAUUGGGAAUUUGGACUCCGGUCCCAUUUUGCUACAAAGACUUCGGUUCCUGCGAAUUUGAUGACAUUUGCAAUUACGGACGCGAUUUGACAGAAUGUCCUCCACUUCUAGACGAGCAUGACGUGCCUUGCGAAUGCCCAAUCGAGAAGGGUCGCUACAUUCUUCCGGGCGCGCAGUUCUCCACUAAAGGAACGCGAUGGGCAGCACUUAUAGCGGGACAUUACAAGGGGAGCAUCAAACUGAUGCACAAUCAAGAUCAAAUUGCCUGCUACAACGCCACAUGGACCCUUGACGACUGAUUUCAUUUUUUUAUUACAUAAUUAGUUUUAAGAUAUAAUGUAUAAUUGCGCGCCUCUUCAGUAGUAUAUAAUUUAUAUAUUGUAAUUUAUAUUCCAAAAUAAACAAAAAACUGUAUAAUUAGACUCCAGUGAAAUAAAAACUUGAAAAGUUUGCACUUCUCGCUGAGC